AUGGUUGGUUCAACUCCUUUUCUUCUCUCUUACUCAUCAAGUUCACUCUCAUUCAUCCAACUUCAAGAUGAUGAAAACGAUGAACAAAUCACCUCAAUCAACUCAGUAGUUGAAGAAUGCAUCGGAGAACUCAAUUGGAAGCAACUCUUCCAAGUUGUUUUAAGCUUCCGAGCUCGUUUCAAGAAAAUGCCGCGGCCAAGUCGGUAUCUUCGGCUUCUUCUUGUUCAGUCUCGGAUUCAUAACUCUACCAGCAAUGGCUUACAUGAACAGAGGAUUUUCAUGGCGGAAUCUGUGGUUAUUGUUAGAGGGAAGAAAGAAGAAGCCAUUGAUGCGUUGAAAAGCAUCACAUCGUUGAGUAAUGUUAGUUACUUCGACGAAGCUAUCUCAGCAAUCAUGCCUCAAAAGGUAGAAACUUUCAACAAUUUUGGUUUGUAUUCUUCACUCAAGAUCAUGUUGCAAAAGAAAUGGUCAUCAAGAAGACUAGUGGUGAUUAUUGCAAUGGGUUUAGGGAUUGGGUUGGUGUACUUUGGCAUGCCAUUAGGUCUUGAAUUAUUGUCAUUCAACAUUUAUUUAAGUGUCACGUUUAAUGCAUUGUCUGAAAUUCCAUCUGCUUUUCUAGCAUUCAUGCUAAUUGACAAGUUCAAUAGGAGAAGUGUGAUACUAACUCUCACAACACUUAGUGGGAUUUCAAGUGUUGUAUCAACAAUUGAAGUUGUGGGGGUUCAAAUUGUGUUUGAGUUGGUGUCAUUCAUAUGUGCUUGCACUGCUUAUGAUGUGUUAGUGAUUUAUGGGACAGAGUUGUUCCCAACUUGUGUGAGGAACUCAGCAUUGUCAUUGGUGAGACAAGCUGGUGUGUUGGGUGGAACACUGUGUCCAAUGCUGGUGGCAAUUGGUAGAGGGAACAAGUUUCUAUGUUAUGGUGUUUUUGGUUUGGCAAUUGGGUGUAGUGGCUUGUUUUUAGUGUGUUUGCCAGAGACAAAGGGCAAAGCAUUUUGUGACACUAUUCAUGAAGAAGAAAGCAAACAAGAAGUAGUUGAAUCCUUCGUCAAAUGA